AUGUCUUUAACUACUACUAUCGAAGCCCAAAGCGGCACCCUCACCAUCUCCCCCAGUUCCAAACCCACCCACGGCCAUGAACUCAAAGACAAAACCCCCCUACAAGCAAUGUCCCACGGCGACGUCGUCCUCAGCGGCAUCCCCACCCACCCAAACUUCGCCUCCCAGCGCCAAUGGCAGCUCGAGCACAUGGCCGCCGCCUUUCGCCACUGGCACCGCGAAGGCUACGUCGAAGGCAUCAGCGGCCAUAUUUCCGUGCGCGACCCCGAAUUCACCGAUGCGUUCUGGACGAACCCCUUGGGCCGACACUUUGGCCUUUUAAAAGUCAGCGAUAUGAUCCUCGUUAAUCUGAAGGGGGAGGUCAUUGGGGGAAAUCGCUCGCGGCCGCCUAACUCAGCGGGGUUUCUGAUCCAUGCUUCUAUUCAUAAAGCGAGGAGCGAUGUUCACGCUAUUUGUCAUUGUCAUAGUAUUCAUGGCAAAGCUUGGUCUGUGUUCGGCAAGCGUCUUGAGAUGUUGACGCAAGACGUGUGUAAAUUCCGAGGCGACGCCCAUAGCGUUUAUGACAGUUACGGCGGUGUUGUUCUGGGCAGUGAAGAGGGAGACCGCAUUGCAGCGGCAAUGGGUCCCAAAGGAAAAGGCUGCAUCUUGCGAAACCACGGUAUUCUGACUGUUGGACAGACUGUGGAUGAGGCAGCGUGGCUGUAUACGUCGAUGGAGAGGAGCUGUCGUGUGCAGCUUCUCGCUGAGGCUGCGGCGGCGAAUGGGCUGCCUAAGGUGCUGAUUGACGAUGAGGAGGCCAAUUUCAAUUUUGAUGUUGAGAGUGAUCCUGAGAUUUGUUACUGUGAGUUUCAGGCUUACUAUGAUUUGGAGGAUGAGCUGUCCAAUGGGGCAUUCAAGAAGUAG